UGGUUAAGCGCCACAAACCGGCUGUCGCGCGACAGUAAAGGCAAAACAAAAUGAGUGUCCAGUGGCGCUCACAGCCCGAACUGUGAACGCAGACAGCGCCACAUGGAGGCGGUGCUGAAGGACUUGGCGAGCACGGUGGAGCUGCUGGCCGUGGCGGCGCAGAGCGGUGUGGUGGAGCAGUGGGAUAAACAAACUCUGUCCAGAGCUUUUCACUGGGCCCAGUACUGCGAACACGUCUUUUCCAGGUUCCACAAUAAACCAGCGAUGAGGAGGAUUAUGGAGAAGCAGCUGCACAUCACAAAUGAAAGCUUGCGAGCUGUCUUUCCUGGAUACUCAGAAGUCUCCUUCUUAGACCUCUCCCGAUGUCAGCACCUGCUGCUCGUUGGGCUGUUAAACAAUCCUGGGCUGCCCUGCUCCAUCAUGAAGAUACUCUUUGACACUACGAGUCCUGUAAACACCAAGCAGAGUGAGUAUGAGGAUGUAACCGGACUCUGCAGCCACAUCAUUCAGUGCAAAUCUGCUUGCAAAGUCCUGAGUCCUCUUACAGACUUGUCAGCUUUUGGUGCUGAUGCUGAGGUUCAGGGGUUGAUGCUGAUGGAGAGGCUGGGUGCUCUGCUGAGCCAUGGCAGUGAAGCUGAGCACUUUUUAGACUCUGUCCUCCGGGGAUGUGACGGAGCAGCAGAACAUUUCUGUCUGGUCAUCGCUGCUGCUCUGCUGACAACGAAGAACUCAGCUGCACAAACAGCUUCACAGGAUUUUCUCUUGGACUGGCUGCAGAAAAAACACAGUGAGCUGCAGCACAUGUGUUGUGCACUGCCUCCUACACUUCUUACAGACCUGGCCAAAGAACACCUGAAAUUUAGAAAUGCAUACUGUGAUGUGCUGAAAAAGUGGGCCUCUGAAAUGGAAUAUAACAUAAGUGAAGCCGAAUGGGUACAAACGAGCACAAACCGAACAGUAUCCUUCCAGGAACUGACUGAGCACUUUCUGAACUUGUUUGAGGCCUGUCCCUCUAUGAGGGAGGAUGUAGAAAAUGAGCUAAAUGCCUUGAAAAUUUCUGACGGAGACUUUGAUGUCAGAGGUCUGAGUGUGUGGGGAGACCUCCUGUCAGCAUUAAACAAGUGACUGUCAGUCUUGGAGUGUCUUUAGAGCUGGAAGAGAUGGCCAAAAUAUAGCUAAAUGUAUGUCUGUUUAUAUCUUGAUGCAAUGUUUGACUGAGUCUCUUUUUGACACCAAACAAAAUAUGUGUAUAUAUGUGUCCGGUAUUGGAAGCUGUCAGUGACUGAAGGCUGGCGUCAGAUACUUGCUCAGAUUUGUAUUAUUCUUUACCUCUGAUCAGACAAUUUCAGUAAUUUUGACAAUGUGGGUCUGUAUUUUAUUCUUUGAGUUUAUAUUGAGUCUAUAUUUAUUUUAUUUACUCUAUAAGUUGGUUAUGGUUAUAAGUUAUGGCUGCUUGGAUUUAGAAUGGAAAAAAAAGUGAUUCUGUAGAAAAACAUGUUCAUAUUCCAGAGAACGGUGUCAAAUAAUUGUAUAAUGUGGUAUCUCUAGUGAAAGUCAGGUAUUGUAUUUGUAUCAAAAACAACCUCAGGCUUUUCAUUGCAAAAUACACAUGAAGAGCACAUAACUGUCCAGCGUUGUUAAUUCAUUCAGAGCUUUCUCUUCCUUUUAAAUUCUUGACUCUUAAUGCUUUGUUCAGCUCGUAAAAUAUAAUUGUACACUGACCAAUAC